AUGUCCGGAAAGCAUUAUAAAGGCCCCGAAGUGAGCUGCUGCAUCAAAUAUUUCAUCUUCGGCUUCAACGUCAUCUUCUGGUUCCUGGGCAUAGCAUUUCUUGGAAUAGGACUUUGGGCAUGGAAUGAAAAAGGGGUGCUGUCCAACAUCUCUUCCAUUACUGACCUGGGUGGCUUUGAUCCAGUUUGGCUCUUCCUUGUGGUUGGAGGAGUGAUGUUCAUAUUGGGCUUUGCAGGAUGCAUCGGUGCUCUGCGGGAGAACACUUUUCUUCUCAAGUUUUUCUCAGUCUUCCUUGGAAUAAUCUUCUUCCUGGAACUCACAGCGGGAGUUCUGGCAUUUGUUUUCAAAGACUGGAUCAAAGACCAGCUGUAUUUCUUUAUCAACAACAAUAUCCGAGCAUACAGAGAUGACAUUGAUUUGCAAAAUCUCAUAGACUUUACCCAAGAAUAUUGGCAGUGCUGUGGGGCCUUUGGGGCUGAUGACUGGAACCUCAACAUUUACUUCAACUGCACAGACACCAAUGCUAGUCGAGAACGGUGUGGAGUACCUUUCUCUUGCUGCACUAAAGAUCCUGCUGAAGAUGUCAUUAAUACUCAGUGUGGUUAUGAUGCCCGACAAAAACCAGUAAGGCAGGAAGUGGAUCAACAGAUUGUUAUUUACACAAAAGGCUGUGUCCCACAGUUUGAGAAAUGGCUGCAGGACAACUUGACCAUAGUAGCCGGCAUAUUCAUUGGAAUUGCAUUAUUACAGAUAUUUGGCAUAUGCUUGGCUCAAAACUUGGUUAGUGAUAUUGAAGCUGUCCGAGCCAGUUGGUAAAAACUCUUUAACGUAACCCACACAAGAUCUUGUGGGUAACCACAGUUCUCAGAAGGCUCCAUGUGGCCCACAUGGACUCAAAGCUAUGUGAAAAUGGGUGACUGAGAAGUUUUAAGUUCUCAGCUGAUUAAAACAGCAUCACACCUUUGUUUAUUCCACAAUGAGCAGCUCCAGCCACCUAGUUGUGAUGAAUGCUAUUAAAAACUGCCAGUCUAAAAUGUACUGAGCCAUGAAUCUCUACUGUAUCCUUGACUGAGUAAACUGGAGGAUAUUUCUUCCGUUUCUUAUGUGUGUGUGGCAAGUGGUCUGUGUCAAUGGAACCUCAGUAGAUGCAUCCUUUUGUUUUCUGUGUUGCAGCAGACCCUCAAUGAGGUAAUUUCCUUUUGCCAUUAAAGAAGUGACCGAGAGACCUAACGUUUCUUUGGGAAGAAAUCCCACGAAGAGGCAACUAUUUAUCUACUUCACAUGUGCUUUGUUUUCUGGCAAAAAAAUCAUCACUCUUCCACAGGAAAUUCAGUAUCUGUUCUAUUACGUCCUCUGUCGAAUAACAACAGCUUUAAUUAUUUUCCAACCUCUUGCAAUCUUUACUUCACUGGACAGGGAACUGUGGAAUCAGCAAACUUCAGGAAAGAGCUAAAAUAGAGAUAAUUCUCCAUCUGUAUUAGUCGUUAGCAAUAUGUAAAUGAAGAAGAGAUGAAGGUAUUCAUGCUGAGAGAUUUGAUGAUGAGAUUGAGAAAUAACGAUGAACUUAGAAGCAGAAACAAGCACAGCAUAUUCAGUUUCAUGGAU